AUGGCAAAUCCUGGUAAUGGCUAUCGUUAUGGAUCAUCAAUUUUAAUCAAUGAUGACAAUAGUAUAGACAUGUGGACAUGUUCUCCUGGUACCGAUGGAGCAUGGGAUUUUAUUCGUUAUCGCCUCUCUUCAGAUAAUGGUCAAAAAUGGUCGUCAGAUGACAUAGCUCUUCGACCGACAUCCGGUAGUCGUGAUGCAUAUUCAGUAUGUGAUCCGGGUGUGUUAAAAAUUGAUAAGUAUUGGUACAUUGGAUACACGUCCACAGAAGAUUCAACAGGAAUGAAUAAUCAAUUCGGAUGGGAUAUAAAAAAUCCUCAACCAAUUGUAACUUAUACAGGCGAUCCAACAAAAUAUGGCAGCGGUGAACCGUCAAUGGUACGCCUUGAUGAUCAGAUAUCUGUCUACUAUACAAAUACUGACACAUAUGGAGGUCAUACAGAUUUGUCAGCAGCCACGGUUAGUGAUCAUGAAGAUAGUUGGCCAUUAUAUUUACAAGCAAAAGGACACGUGAUAACUCGGCAUCUAAAUAGAGAAGAUACAACUAAUAUCAAAUGGGUGCCAGAAUUGGAAUUUUUCAUAGUGCAAGACGGUAUUCAGUGGUCAAUGACUUCUUAUACACGUGAACGUGUUCAACAAGGCGCUCAUAAUAUUGGAAUCAGUGGUGAUACAUCGGGUCAUUUUUAUAUGUCGAAAAAUACCUUCAUUGCCUAUGCUUAUCAACUUGAUGGCUCAUCAGGGGCAAAUUGGCCAACGCUUUUGAAUCCUGUCACAUUAGCAAAGGUACCUAUGGGAAGUCCAGUGGAUGAAAAAGUUUCCUCAAUUUUUAAUAUGACAGAAUGCUUAUUGAACCAACUUUUUGCACCUUUUUCGUAUGGAUCUUUGAAUGGUUAUGAAUUUCCAAUUGAUUUUACGAUACAAUCCUUAGUGACAAUGGAUGGCAGUGUAUGGCAAAAUGUGCUAGGACAAAACAUAACAAAUUUUCCUAAUCCAGGAAAUCAAUCUGUUCAUCGUCCAUUUCUUGUUCUCUCGUAUGCAAGAUGGUUUCGUAUAUUGGCGACAAAACUUGGAAAAGACAAUCACGGAAACUCUUAUUUUCAACUUGCUGAACUAGCAACUUCAGUAUUAUAUUGA